AUGCAGCAAGAGACUGGAAUAAUUAAUUAUGUCCACGGAAACAAGAACAAUCUUCUAAAGGAUGAACAUUACAGGCUUAUGAAAGUUGCCAAUAAUUUAGACGAUUUAAAAAUAAAACUGCAAAACACAAUAUACGGGAAGUACUUGCUAGAAGCCAAGAUGUCGCUGGCUGCGUUUAAGUCUGCGAUGUACAAAUGCAUAGAUGAGCAGAUUCAGAUCACGCAAUCAUUUGCCACAAAACAGUCUGAAGUUCUAAUUAACUUCUACAAAGAAAAGUAUCAGCUAGACAACUUUUUAUAUCUGUGGGCAUGCAAGAAAGAGAGUCCAAAGCUAUUAGAGACGGAGCUAAACACUCACCCACUCGGCGGGUAUCCAGGACUGAAUUUUAUCAAGGUUACACAAACAGCAAAAGACACUUGGAAGUACUGCUUAGAGAACACAUCACUUAGCAAAUACGUUGAAGGCCUUACUUAUGAGCUGUUAAACAAGGACAUACAAUAUGUUAAAAGUAUUCUACAGAAGAGGUAUUUAGAGCUGGUAUAUGGCUAUUGUAUAAAAAACCGCUUGUGUCUGGAGGAGUUAAUUGUUUUUGAAGGAGAUAAGGUCAUUAUAGAGAUACUCUAUGCCCUUAUAAACACAAACAUACCAAGCACAGAGAAGUUGAAUCUUUUCCCGUCUUGCAACAGUUUUACCCAGGUGCACAAAGAACUCUUAAUAAACUGCAAGAGCAUAAGUGAGUUGGAGGGCAUUCUUAGCACCCAUAGUAAAUACAGAAACAUUGUUGGAAAUGAAACAGGAAUAGAAGAUGCAUUGCUUAGAGAGGAAAUAAGACUAUGCAACAAGUCUUUCUAUAUAUAUGAUGAUUACAGUGUUAUAUAUACACAGCUGGUACUCCAGGAAAUAGAAGUUAGAAAUCUAGUAUUCCUGGCAGACUGUGUGAUACAGGGGCACGACCAUAGAGAUGAGAUCGUAAAUGUAACAGAGAACUAAAGAAUUAAAUAAAGA